AUGGCCCACAACGAUGGACCGACGCCCGACACGGGCAGUGGCCCGGACGUGUCUCCCGCAGAGAAGAAGACCGUAGGCGGUGUCAUCACCGAAGUCCCCAGCCACGGAUCGCACAACCACGACGCCGCCAACGAGAAGGGCGUCGUCAGCGGCGACUCGGGCUCCGAUUCCAUCGAGGACCUCGCCAACGCCGACGGCACGUACGACGACGACACCCGGAUUAUCUCCGGCGCCGAUGCCGCCACCCACCUGCUCCCCCUCCGCGACGACUUUGACCCGUCUAUUACCUUCCGCAGCUUGUUGCUGGCCACCAUCCUGUCGGCCUUCCAGGCCGUUGUCAACCAAAUCUACAACUUCAAGGCCACGGCGGCCACGGUUACCGGCACUUUCGUCGUGCUCAUCGCCUACUUCCUCGGCAACGCGUGGGCUGCCUUUUUGCCGCGGGGCGACCACCAGCUGGACAAGUGGCGCGCGUCCCGCCCAGAGGGCGCGGAUCCCAACGAAAAGCCCCCGCUGCGCAUCCGCAUCAUCAACUUCAUCAACCCGGGCCCCUGGCGGCUCAAGGAGCAUGCCGUGUGCUCCAUUACCGCGACGUCGGCCGCCAACGGCUCGGCCAUCACUCUCGUCUUCGCCGCCCAGGACCUGUUUUACGAUCUACCCAUCUCGGCCGCCACCAUCAUCCUGGCCACCAUUUCCGUUGGUCUCUUUGGCUACGGCCUGGCCGGCCUUCUGCGGCCCAUUGCCGUGUGGCAUGUCGAGUCCGUCUACUGGGGCACGCUUCCUACGGUCAAGACGCUGCAGGGCUUGCACUGGCAAAAGGUUACCAGCAGCGGCCCGCUGCGCGCCUUCUGGAUCGCGUUUGGGACCAUGACCCUCUACGAAUUCUUGCCGGCGUACAUUUGGCCGUGGCUCAACAGCAUCUCGAUUCCGUGCCUGGCCGCCAUGAAGGCGACCGGCAACAAGGCCGCCAUCCUCACCAGCAUCUUUGGCGGCUCGCUCAACAACGAAGGCCUCGGUCUCUUUAGCUUUUCCUUUGACUGGCAAUACAUUCAAUCGUACAGCACCUCGCUGCCUCUUGUCCUGCAGGCCCACAUGGCCACCGGCUUUUUGGUCUGCUACGUCGUCAUGAUCGGCAUCUACUACGGCAACGGCUGGAACGCCAAGUCCUUCCCCUUCAUGUCCACGACGCUGCGGUCCGAAGACGGCUCCGCCUACCCCGUGUCCAAGGUCUUUACCAAGGGCGUGCUCAACCACGAGGCGUUUCAAAAGUACGGCCCGCCGCGCCUGGCCGCCACUUUCGCCUACGCCCUCUUCAUUGCCAACGCCGCCAUCGGCGCGCUGGCCGCCCACUGCAUUCUGUUUUGGGGCGGCGACACCAUCAAGGCCUACAAGGACUCCAAGGCCAAGACGCCGACCGACCCACACCACGCCCACAUGGAGAAGCACUACAAGGAGGUGCCGUUCUGGUGGUACGGAACGGUCCUCGUAGUCAGCUUUGUGCUCGGCAUCAUCGUUGUGACCAAGGAGAACAUCACACUGCCCGUCUGGGCGUACAUCCUGUCGCUGAUUGUGGGCGCCUUCUUCGCGCCGUUCAGCACGCUCCUUUAUGCCCGCUACGGCAACGGCAUCGCCACCAACAACCUGUCGAAAAUGAUUGCCGGUCUGGCCGUGCCCGAGCGGCCCAUUGGCAACAUGUACUUUGCCGCCUGGUCGCACGUCAUGAUUGCCAACACGGUCAACCUCAGCAACGACCUCAAGCUCGGCGAGUACCUCAAGAUCCCGCCCAAGACCAUGUUCUUGACCCAAAUCUACGGCACCGUGCUCGGCGGCUUCGUGUCCUAUGGCGUCCUGGUGGGCAUCAUCACCGGCAACCGCGAGCUGCUCAUCAGCGGCAACGGCAGCGCCGCCUGGAGCGGCGCCACCAUCCAGUCGUACAACACCAACGCCGCCUCGUGGGCGCUGGCGAAAUACAUCUACAAGGCCGGCACCAUCUACCAGCUCGUCCCCGCCGGCCUGGCCAUUGGCGCCGCCCUCGUGGUCGUGCACUGGGCACUGUGGCGCGCCAAGCCCACCAUCCGCGGCUUCAACCUCGCCACCAUUAACCUGCCCCAGUUCAUCCAGUACGCCGGCUUCAUCCCCUACAACCAGUCGCAGACCUGCGUCAUCUGGAGCAUGCUCGGCGCCGGCUUUUUCUGCCAGUACUACCUGCGCAACCACUACCCGCGCGUCUUCAAGAACUAUAUGUACAUGGUCACCGGUGCCUGGGACGGCGCCGUCCUCAUGGUCCUCUUUAUCCUGUCAUUUGCCGUCUUCGGCGCCGGCGGCAAGACCGUCGUCUUCCCGACCUGGUGGGGCAACAACGCCGACGGCUACUACGACUUGUGUCCGGUGCCGGACAGCUAA